CGGACUUGCUUCCCGCCGCCAUCUUAUGGCCAAACUAGAGGCUGGCACCGGCCGGAUAUGCCUCUCCCUUCUUGACUCUAAUGCUGUCUUCUCUGAGCUCUCGGCGACGUACCCUCUGAAGCUUUUGUCGCCUCGAACAACGCCUCCUGAUGUUGCGGUCGUCUAUAUUCUGAGCUAUGGUGGCGGUCUGGUUGGCGGCGAUCGCGUCUCGUUGACCGUCGCUGUCGAACGAGAUGCAGUUCUGGUGCUAUUGUCACAGGGAUCGACGAAAGUGUUCAAGGUUCGGCCAGGAGUACGUCUGGCGAAGGUGCACGCGGACACGACGGCGCCAGUAACGGUGCAGAACUUCACCUUCACUGUCGCCGACCGCAGUUGCCUGUUCCUCCUGCCCGACCCGGUGACUUGCUUUCGAGCCGCGUCCUACAACCAGAUUCAGACUUUCCACCUCGCCCGCGAUGCGUCGCUUAUCGUGCUCGACUGGGUUACAUCGGGACGCAAGUCGCUGGGCGAGGACUGGCUCUUCGCGCGGUACUACAGCAUCAACGAGAUCUUCGUGGAGGGCCGGCGGGUAGCGCGGGACGCGAUGCUACUCGAGGAGGAACCCAAGGACCCUCGCGUGCCCAGGCGAACGCUCGCACAGCGCCUAGCACCGUACUCCUGCUACGCAAUGCUCCUACUCUUCGGCCCUGCAACGCAGGAAGUCGUGAAGGACCUAGAGGAGCAGUACGCGAAGAUCACUGUCUUCAAGCGAGGGGCACCAGACGAUCUGCUCUGGUCGCUGAGCCUCGUUGACUCCGGUCGUGGAGCAGUCGUGCGAGUGGCUGGGAAGGAAACGGAGGGGGUCAAGCAUUGGCUGAAAGACGCGCUCCGGAAGUUGGAGAAUGCUGUGGGCCCAGACGUUUACCAGAGGACGUUCGUCUGAUGAUGACCAUAUCGCACGUUUCUACAUGACUGCAGCGGCAAGAACCCCUCAGGAAUGGCUGUUACUGAGUUGGACUAGUUUUGUCCCGGUGGCGAAGGCUACUCUCAAUGCGAAAUCCAGAAUCCUCGGAAACCUAUCUGUGCAGUCGACGAAUCGUACGUUACCCUCGUCGGCCCCAUGACCAGCCCCAAUGGUCGUGAUCUGCCUGCUGUCGCCCACCCGCUGGACUGCACGAAGCCGUCCUCACCAGCUGGUCAGGGCUUCAAUAUGUACACUACCUGCGAUGUAGUUAUCUACAGCACGCCUGCGGCCCUAUUUUACAGCGAUGGAAGGCUACUCCAGAGCUUCC